GGAACAAUUCUGCCAUCCAUCACUCUAGCCUUAGAGAAUUAAAGUUCUAUAAUGGGAUAUCCUAUGCAUAACUCAAUUCAGUAUUUACCAAGGUCCUCUUUGUAUGCCUCUGAACUGCUGGGUAGCUGCUAGAAAAAGAUGAACAAAACAAAAUUCAAGGACUAGUUGGAGAUAAAAGACAUUUUCAUAGGUAAUUAUUGUCCUGUGAGGUGAGCAGAACUGAAGGGCACAGAGACAGGGAUUUGGGAAGGUUUCACAGAAGGUACGGCAAAGAAAGGCAUAGAAGCAAGAAAUAAGUGGGCUGGGCCUGAUUUUUUUAAACCUGUGCUUCUAAAAACCUUUGUUUUCUCCCUGUUUUUUCCUGAAAAUGAAAGCACUGUAGAGGCCACUACUUUAUUUACUAUGGUAUUUUAACUUUGCAUGAACCAUGGGGGAAAAUACUUUAGAAAAUGCCAAAAUUUCUAAAAUUAUUACAUGUAUGUAUGAAAGAAUUUCAUAUACUUCAAAGUGAAUUUUAAAAUUAGGGUCAGUGGGAAAAGACGGAGCUAAAGGAAUGUGUAAAAAUAUGAAACAAAGAUAACAUAUUGAAAGAUGAUGUCUAUGGGGCCUGGCUGACUCAGUCAGAAGAGUGUGGGACUCUUGAUCUCAGGGUCCUGAGUUCAAGCCCCCCUUGAGUGUAGAGAUUAAGUUAAUUAAAAAAACUAAAAAAAAAAAAAAAAAAAAAAAGACGAUGUCUAAAGUAACUACCUAAAAGGACAACUAUAUGAACAAAACUCUGGGAAACAGCAAUUUUAUAAUUCAGCUUUCUGUGUUAUUCAGGAUCCUUCAAACUCAAUUUCUACAGGUGUAAACGAGUAAGGGAGGUGGACAGGUGAGCAAAGAGCACUGAGCAUGUGCUCUGUGACAGUUACAUACACAAGAGAGGGUUUCUAAUACAUUAUCAAACGUAACCUUUAAAAAGAGCCUUGAAAUGGGUGCCUUCUAUCUUUUCCAGAGAAAAUCCAUGCUCAGAGGAAUUCAGUAACUUGCAACAGAGAAGGGCUGGAAUCUGGAUCCAUCUGAAAGAGCUUUCACACACCUGAAAGAAGAGAAUGUCAAGACGCAGUAGCCGUUUACAAGCUAAGCAGCAGCAGCAACCCCAGCCCAGCCAGACGGAUUCCCCUCCAGAAGCCCAGAUAAUUCAGGCCAAGAAGAGAAAAACAGCCCAGGAUGUCAAAAAAAGAAAAGAGGAGGUCACCAAGAGACAUCAGUAUGAGAUUAGGAAUUGUUGGCCACCUGUAUUAUCUGGAGGGAUCAGUCCUUGUAUAAUCAUUGAAACACCCCACAAAGAAAUAGGAACAAGUGACUUCUCCAGAUUUACAAAUUACAGAUUUAAAAAUCUUUUUAUUAAUCCUUCACCUUUGCCUGAUUUAAGUUGGGGAUGCUCAAAUGAUGUUUGGCUAAACAUGCUAAAAAAAGAGACUAGAUAUGUUCAUGACAAACAUUUUGAAGUUCUGCAUUCUGACCUGGAACCACAGAUGAGGUCAAUACUUCUAGACUGGCUUUUAGAGGUAUGUGAAGUAUACACACUUCAUAGAGAAACAUUUUACCUCGCACAAGACUUUUUUGACAGAUUUAUGUUGACACAAAAGGAUAUAAAUAAAAAUAUGCUUCAGCUCAUUGGAAUUACCUCAUUAUUCAUUGCUUCCAAACUUGAGGAAAUCUAUGCUCCUAAGCUCCAAGAGUUUGCUUAUGUCACUGAUGGUGCCUGCAGUGAAGAGGAUAUCUUAAGAAUGGAACUUAUUAUAUUAAAGGCUUUAAAAUGGGAACUCUGUCCUGUAACAGUCAUCUCCUGGCUAAAUCUCUUCCUCCAAGUUGAUGCUCUUAAAGAUGCUCCUAAAGUUCUUCUACCUCAGUAUUCUCAGGAAAAGUUCAUUCAAAUAGCUCAGCUUUUAGAUCUGUGUAUUCUAGCCAUCGACUCAUUAGAAUUCCAGUACAGAAUCCUGGCUGCCGCUGCCUUGUGCCAUUUUACCUCUAUUGAAGUGGUUAAGAAAGCCUCAGGUUUGGAAUGGGACAACAUUUCUGAAUGUGUAGACUGGAUGGUGCCUUUUGCCAGUGUAGUAAAAAGUACUAGUCCUGUGAAGCUGAAGAUUUUUAAGAAGAUUUCUAUGGAAGACAGACACAAUAUCCAGACACAUACAAAUUAUCUGGCUAUGCUGGAUGAAGUGAAUUAUGUAAACACCUUUCAAAAGGGGGGACAGUUGUCACCAGUGUGCAGUGGAGGCAUUAUGACACCACCGAAGAGCACUGAAAAACCACCAGGAAAAUACUAACGAAGGUUAACUAAGCAAACAAGUUGGAAUUGACCAUUGGUAGAAUUUCCUAGAACUGAACUACUAAAGUUUUCAGGAAAGUAGUGCUAUGACUGUCCUAGCCAAUUCAGAAGUUUCACUGCCAUUCUUCGAUUUUAAAAAACCACUUAAAAUUGGCAUUAAGGAAGAAAUUCCUACAUUAGCUGUUUAAACAGCGGGACUUGUUUACAAAGAUGACUUCAUUCCCAAGGUGACUGGAUAGAAGAUAGCCACGCUUUAUGCCAUAAUUUUUUUUCUUGAUCCAGUAUUACUGUGUUAUCGUGAUAAACUAAGAAUUUUAUCAUUGGAGUUUUAGACUAGGUAAGUGCCACCUUAAAGGCGACAUUAAUACAAUACUUUGAAUCUAAUUUUUAGAUUCUCAAAAUUCAUAUUGUCUUGACUAGUGCAAUUUGGUUUUUGAAAAUAAAAUUUAAACUUGUUUACAAAGAUUUAGUUUUGUAAUAAGGUGACUAAUUUAUCUACAGCUGCUGUAGCAAGCUAUUAUAAAACUUGAAUUUUUACAAAAGGUGAACUUUAAUCUGUUUUUUAUUUCAUCUGCCUUGCCAUAACAUUUUUUAACCAGUAAGGCUUAAAUGAACAUGGUGUUUAAACUGUGGUCUAAACAGGGGGAAUACCAAAGAAAUUUUAAACAAGAUAAAUGUGUAGCUCCUACUUUGGGCUUUGACACAGAGGUUGCUUUAUAAUGACUUUUUGUACAUCACAAUUUAAGUGAAAAAGUACGCUUUCAACCUAUUUAUAUGAGAAAGUCACUUUACUAACUCCAAGACAUCCCUAAGGAUUUUUUCUUAAUUUAGUGUGACUAAGACUUUAUUUAUGUUUGCAAAACUGUUAAGGUCGUUUUUAAAUUCCUACACUGAGUUAAGGACAAAGUGAUAAAGCUUAACACUUGGCCUAAACUUCUGUUUUCAUAAGGCAGAAAAAGUAGUAAAUGUAUAC